CAAAACCCUCGACAACAUCGACAACGAAAUCACAAAAUAUCAAGAUGCGCACUUCAAUGUUCUUCGCCGCUCCCCUCGUGGCCCUUGCAGCUGCUCAAGAGUCUUCUGCCAAUGAGACCUCCGUCCUUAGCACCAUCCCAAUCUCCAGCAGCUCUGUACCCUACACAAACGGCUUCACCUCCUUCCUCACCCAGACAAACUCCCUCGGCGUCGUGACUGGCCAACCCCUCCCUGCAACCUCCGUCGGUGUCGCCGCCAGCAAUGUCGGUGUCGCUGCCACAAAUGCUGCAAUCUCUUCUGUAGCGGUUCAACUCGUUCCCGCUGGCCUCGCGCCUGGCACCGUCACAACCCUCAUCUAUGGUAAUGUGACUGCAGGUAAUGCUACCAGUAUCGUCGUCACAGUAGGAGCCAGCACCACUCAAGUAUUGAGUGCCGCCAUCGUCGCCGCUACCGGUUCUGGGUCGUCAACCUCUGGCGCUUCGGGUGUUGCCGGUGCUGGCGCUUCGAGCUCGACUGGUGCGAGUGCGAGUGCUUCUGGCUCUGGCUCUUCAUCCCGCGCUUCCGGCUCUUCGGCUUCUGGCACAUCUACUCGUGCUUCUUCUGCUAGCGGCUCGCAAUCAGCUUCUGGAUCCGCUGCUUCGGCAUCCUCUACCGGUGCUGCUGGAAGUGUCAAGGUUGGCGCUGGCGCUUUGAUCGGUGCUGGUGUUUUCUUUGCUGCUUUCUUGUAAGAAGAAGCAAAAAGUGAAGUGAGUGCUUUGUACACACGCUACCUCUUUUCUGGUACGCCUUUUUACUCGAGAAACACGAUGGACAGAUUUAAUGGAAUUAAUGCUGGGCACGAAUUGGGGAAAUUGGGGGAAUUGGGAGUUUUACUUUUUCUUUCCUUCGGUAGACUUUCUUGCAUUGCGACUGGAAAGAUAUAAUGACGUUGUUGUAGUAAUCGUAACAUGGACAAAUGCAAAGAAGAAAACCACAAUCAAAGCCUCCCACACCUCGGAUGCUUCAUCUCUCGCACACUUGGAAUACUCCAUCUCUCUCGCAAAUCGUCCAUGCCAUCUCCCUCUCCCGAUGCAUGGUCUAUUGACUGUAGCUCCAACCUGCCGCAAUGCAAAGUUCCUAUCUCAACACCCUCGCCGCAAUGUAUGAUCUCCAUUGACUCUAAUCUCACGCAAAAAGCAAACUCCCCUACCAUCACUUUCUCCUCGAACUCUGUCCCCUG